GACAGUGUUCAGAACUUUGUGGGGGUUUUCUAAUAAAGAUCUGAAGCUGUUACAUAUACCGUAACAUUACAUUACUCAGUAAAAAACUGCAAACCCAGAUUUUUUAUUCAUCAGUGCUCAUGAGCGCAUCCAGGCUGCAGCAACUGAAGAGUCAGAUUUUGCCUGGUAAUAAGCCCACAGCAAUGUCAGGAUCACCUAGUCCUCUGACCACACAUGUGCUGAACACUGCAAUGGGUGUCCCCGGGUCAAAUAUGGCCCUCAGCCUUUAUCAACAAGACCCCUCCACAAACACCUGGAAUUUAGUCACCACCGGGACCACUAAUGAUGAUGGACGUUGCCCUGGACUUAUCGCAAAACAAUCAUUUAAAUCUGGUGUGUACAAAAUGCAUUUUGAGACGGCUCAGUAUUGGGCGAGUAUGGGAGAGACCUGCUUUUACCCGUAUGUUGAGAUUGUCUUCACCAUAAAUGACCCUGGGCAAAAGUACCAUAUCCCUCUGCUUCUGAGUCGUUUCUCUUACAGUACAUACAGAGGGAGCUAGAUAUCAAGCAAGAGGAACCUCCUGAGAUUACCUGUCAGCUGUUUGACACAUCACAUGAUGGCACUGAAUGAACUGUCACACAUAUUGGACAUAUUGACAAGGCACAAUACUCCCUUUCAAUUAUUCUUUUUGUUGUAAUAGUGCCACAAUACCAUAUUUUCUUUCUUUAAAAAAACAAACAAAAAACACUUAUUAAUAUAUGCUGUACUUUAGUCUACCAUAUCAACUAUUGUAAGCUGUUAUUUUAAGAUGUGUAACGUCUAAACUAUCAAAUAAUACAUCUGUCUAAAUCACCA